CCUGAGCUAUGGUGGAGGGAGUGGAACCUGCUGAGAGUAUAUGACACCACAUGUUUAGUGCCCAGCCUUCUCCAAAAGAGCUUCAGAUUGCAGCAUUUACAGUCUUUGUGGUGAGACUUUAAAGGAUCCCUCAAGUGAUCCGAGAACCGCUGGUCCUGGAGUAGACUGGACAUCUCACCUCUGGGUGUCCUUUUGAACCAAUGCUGUGUGAUAAACAGAAGCACAUAGGAGAGUCUGGAAGACACCAGGCUCACAGAUAGGCACAAGGCCCCACAUGCAGUGUGGAGCUCGUGCUAAGCCUUCACCAGUGGAAGUGGGUCCAUAGUGUACACACAGUGCCAGCUUCCUUCUUGGCGGAUAGCUGCUAAGCUCUUGCAACUGUCCUAGGGACAGAUCUGACUGAGGGCAUCAAGGGAGUGAAGAAAGGACAGGGAGAUAAGAAAAUAGCUGGAAGUCAGGUGGGCUGGGCUCUUUGAGGGAGAAGCUGUAGCACCCUGGAAGGUCAGCAUGUUUGUUACAGUUGAACAGGCAGGUGGGGUGGUUGCAAACAGUUCAACGUGGAGGCAGGGUUUAUGGUGUACCGCUGGGUGGAGGAGAUAGGUUUAGUUGCUGUAAGAGAGUGACUUAAGUAUCUGAGGGGAGACGUUUUCUGCACACAUGGACGAGAAGAAGACUUCCAUAUUCCUUUCUGAAGGAGUGGGUAUGGCUUUGCCAUUCCUCCACGAGUCUUAGGCUGUGGUUGUGCCUAUGUCAACAGCACACACAUUUACUUGGGGGUUUCUGCUACUUCCCACAGACUGCAAAGGAUUUGUGUGUUGGAGUAAUGUACCCCCUGACGGCGUGUCCUUCCCACAAAGUACACAGUAAUCUUACUUCAUGCUGCCUCUACUUUUACAACACCCUCAUUGUAGAGUUUGUGCUGUGUGGUGCCCCGGCAUUGGUGCUGAGCAGCAGGGACACCAUGCAGUGGAGGUGCGCUGGGAGAGCUCUAGCAGACCUCUGUGGAGCAGAGACCCCCUGCAUGCUACCAAGAUUGCACAUAACCCUUUUGUUUCUGAUGGUCCUGGCUUCUCAGGGAUUUGCAGAACUGUCAUGAACAGCUUCGUAUGCGGUCAGCAUUUCUGACAUCUAGACUAGGGGAUUAUGACGUGGCAGAAUGUACCACGUUCAGGGACUGAAUACACAGGUGGGAUAUAGAAGCGGACCACAGGUUGGGUUCACCCUCUAUCACCAUUCUGAUUGGAUGAGGGACAGGCAUGUCACAGCCAGCCACCAUCACAAACCCCAGCUGGUUCUCCUGGUUACAUUAGAACCUUAUGCCAUGCCCCGCUCAGGGCCCCAACUCUGUGCUACAUUUAAGUCUGCAAACUUCAAUUGUUGCUCAUCUCUUAGCUAAGCUGUUGGAUACAUGUUGUCCUCUAACCCUGAAUUGUUCAAAACAUUGCCACAGCCAAGUAGUUGAGGGUCUGGUAGAAUUGAGCCAGUCUCAGUCACUCAGGGUGGCUGGGAGCUGAAAGUGACUUGGUCUUCCGUAUUCUCCCCACCCCGUUUUCUGGGAGCUGGUGACUCAUGCUUGCAUUUUUCCCAGCUUCUCUGCUUUCUCCUGCAGGUGCCUGAUUGGGCCCAGAAAUGGGAUGCCAAGCCUCCACGAGGAGCGCCUCUUUGAGCUGCUGCUGUGACAGCAAGUGACUAAGCUGCCAGAGGAUGUCCACUACAGCGGCUGCCCCCACGGGGAUCCCGGCAGUCCCGGGCCCUGUGAACCCUCCCCCACCUGAGGUCUCCAACCCCAGCAAGCCCGGCCGAAAGACUAACCAACUGCAGUACAUGCAGAAUGUGGUGGUGAAGACACUCUGGAAACAUCAGUUUGCCUGGCCUUUCUACCAGCCUGUGGAUGCAAUCAAGCUGAACCUGCCUGAUUAUCAUAAAAUAAUAAAAAACCCAAUGGACAUGGGGACUAUCAAGAAGAGACUAGAAAAUAAUUAUUAUUGGAGUGCCAGUGAGUGUAUGCAGGACUUCAACACCAUGUUUACAAACUGUUAUAUUUAUAAUAAGCCCACAGAUGAUAUAGUGCUAAUGGCCCAGGCCUUAGAGAAAAUCUUUCUGCAGAAAGUGGCCCAGAUGCCUCAGGAGGAAGUUGAACUAUUGCCCCCUGCUCCAAAGGGCAAAGGCCGGAAGCCAGCUGCAGGAGCCCAAAAUGCAGGUUCACAACAAGUGGCAGCUGUGUCUUCGGUCUCCCCAGCAACCCCCUUCCAGAACAUGCCCCCCACCGUAUCCCAGACACCCGUCAUUGCCGCCACCCCUGUACCAACCAUCACUGCAAACGUCACGUCAGUUCCAGUCCCCCCACCCGCUGCACCACCUCCUCCUGCGACACCCAUCGUCCCUGUGGUCCCUCCCACACCGCCUGUAGUCAAGAAAAAGGGCGUGAAGCGGAAAGCAGACACAACCACACCCACAACAUCCGCCAUCACUGCCAGCCGGAGUGAGUCUCCCCCGCCACUUUCAGAGCCUAAGCAAGCCAAGGUAGUGGCCCGAAGGGAGAGCGGGGGCCGCCCCAUCAAACCUCCCAAGAAGGACCUGGAAGAUGGUGAGGUCCCACAGCACGCGGGUAAAAAGGGAAAACUGUCUGAGCACCUGCGGCACUGUGACAGCAUCCUCCGGGAGAUGCUGUCCAAGAAGCAUGCUGCCUAUGCGUGGCCCUUUUAUAAGCCAGUGGACGCGGAGGCGCUGGAGCUGCAUGACUACCAUGACAUCAUCAAGCACCCCAUGGACCUCAGCACGGUCAAAAGGAAGAUGGAUAGCCGAGAGUACCCAGACGCACAGGGCUUCGCUGCUGAUAUCCGGUUAAUGUUCUCGAAUUGUUAUAAGUACAACCCUCCAGACCACGAAGUGGUGGCCAUGGCCAGGAAGCUCCAGGAUGUGUUUGAGAUGAGGUUUGCCAAGAUGCCUGAUGAGCCCAUGGAGGCGCCUGCGCUGCCCGCUCCCACAGCCCCCAUCGCGAGCAAGGGGGCUGAGAGCAGCCGCAGUAGUGAGGAGAGCUCUUCAGAUUCAGGCAGCUCAGACUCAGAAGAGGAGCGAGCCACUCGGCUGGCUGAGCUGCAGGAGCAGACUGGCUGCGGAGCCUUCCAGGAUCAGCUGUUGAAUGUCUCCUCUGUGCAGCUAAAGGCCGUGCACGAACAGCUGGCUGCCUUGUCUCAGGCCCCAGUGAACAAACCAAAGAAGAAGAAGGAGAAGAAGGAAAAGGAAAAGAAGAAGAAAGACAAGGACAAAGACAAAGAGAAGGAGAAGCACAAGGCCAAGUCUGAGGAGGAGAAGAAGGCCAAGGCAGCCCCAGCAGCCAAGCAGGCCCAGCAGAAGAAGGCUCCCACCAAGAAGGCCAACAGCACAACCACAGCCAGCAGACAGCUCAAGAAGGGCGGCAAGCAGGCAUCUGCGUCCUAUGACUCAGAGGAGGAGGAGGAGGGCCUGCCCAUGAGCUAUGAUGAAAAGCGGCAACUUAGCCUGGACAUCAACCGGCUGCCCGGCGAGAAGCUGGGGCGUGUGGUGCACAUCAUUCAGUCUCGGGAGCCCUCGCUUCGGGACUCAAACCCAGACGAGAUUGAGAUUGACUUUGAGACCCUGAAACCAACCACGCUGCGGGAACUGGAGAGAUAUGUCAAGUCUUGUUUACAAAAAAAGCAGAGGAAACCAUUGUCAACAAGCGGGAAGAAGCAGGCAGCCAAAUCGAAAGAGGAGCUAGCUCAGGAGAAGAAAAAGGAGCUGGAGAGGCGGCUGCAGGAUGUCAGUGGACAACUGAACAGCAAAAAACCCACUAAGAAAGAGAAGUCCGGCUCAGCUCCCUCAGGAGGCCCGUCAAGGCUCAGCAGUAGCAGCUCCUCUGAGUCUGCAAGCAGUAGCUCCAGUGGAUCGAGCUCCGACAGCAGUGACUCAGAGUGAACUCGGACUGGGACAGAGCUGGACAGAUGGACGUGGUGCACGCCAACGCAGUGUCCCCUCCUAUGGUUAAUAUACUUUCGUUCCAUGGUGUGCAGGUUUUCUUUUACUUCAGUGUUAUGAUCUCUUCCAGCUGUGCUCCGGUAGGGCGGAGAGCCUCGCACGUGCACCAGACCCCAUGAGAGGGCCGAGCUCUGCGGGGGAAAUGCCUUUGCAGCUCCAUUUAGUUGUUUGGAGACUGCUCCUGGGAUGCUAACCUGAUGGCCAUAGACACGGUGGGCUGGAGGCGUGGCUGGACCUGCCCAAUCCCUCCUCAGGACCAGCCUCUCCCUUAGUAACUUGAAGGAAGCUUUGCAAGGGUGUCUCUCUGGAGCGGGUUCUGUGUUUGAAAGCUGUUAGAACACUAACCAGCAGGUUACUUCUCUCCACAGGGGCUGAAGACAGAUGUGUCAGCCCAUGGGAACCAGCCUGGGCCCUAGUGGAGGGUCCUGGUAGCUGCAGACCAGAGCCUCCCACCUCGGGGUUGGGUGUGGAGGAAGAGGGGUUCUGAGUUCCCUGGUCCUUUGGCUGUGUGUGCAGCGUGCAGAUUUCGGGACACCGAAACUUUUACCUCAACUUAAGGGAAUAAAAACAAACAAACAAAAAAAGAUUAAAAAACAAAAACAAAAACAAACCUUUUUUGUAAGUUCAUCCAUUUUCUACAGAAGUCCAGCCCAGAGUCCCCACUUUGCUAGUGCUGCCUGGCUGCCACCGCCUAACGCUCUGAACCACCGCCCCAGUUUUAUGUAUAUAUAAAUACUUUAUUUAUUAACAUCAUUGGUCAUUUUUUAAAAAAUGAAAAAGAAAAAAAAAGAAGAGAAAAACCCAUAAAUAAGUGCAUUGUGAGGAACAUGGAGAGGAUGCUGUCCUCUGCGACAGAGACAGGCCCGUGGCGGGGCGCCUCUGGUCCUGGUGCUCAUCAUGGCUGGCUUCUCUGAGCUCAUUGGCUGUUUGUUUUUUGUUUUUUUGUUUUUGUUUUUUUUUUUUUUUUUAAUGAAAUGUGGGGACUUUGCAAGCGUAGACGCCCUUCAGCUGUAGCACAUCUUCAUUUUAUGGUAUCUAUUCAGUUUUUUCUUACUAACUUCUGGUCUUUUAAAAGACAUCAACGGAGGAACCUCGGUUCUUCAACACAAGCUUUGUAUGUAAGCUGAGAGAAAAGUCAUGUAUAUCAGGCCUAGGUCUUGACAUUUAAUUUUCUAUUGUAAAAAGUAAUAAUAUACAGAGUUUAACAGAAGGUCCUGUUGGGUUUGUUGUUUUUGAGGCUGCCGAAUGGUUUUGGAAUGCAGGGUCAGCCUUGGAUUAUCUCUGAGCAUUGUGGCCUCAGCCAGGAGUGCACUGGCCAGUCUCCCAGGCCUGGAAGCACCUGCCACUGCAGUGUGCAGAGGCUCUCCUUGACCUUUCUACUUUUGACACGGGUCCCUGUUCAAGAAUUUCCAGUUAGCCCCAGAAAGAGACUGGUUCUCUUGACCCCCACCUGAGAGCGCCAAGUGCAGGGCCUUGUGUUGUGUAGUUUUACUUGGGCUGGGGGUGGUUCUUGCGGUUUCUUCCAUUGCUUCUAGGCAGAGCCAAGGACUCGUCCUCACCAUUCAUACAUGGGAGAUAUUUAAAGUUUCUAAAGUCGAUCCCACCAGCCCUCGAUGUGCACAGGCAGUGGGUGUCAAGCUCGGGAAGUGGCUGGCUGGCUGGCUGGCAUGUCUAGACGCCUGGUGAGUUAUCAGCCAGUUAAACGUGUAAGCCAGUUUUGUUUAUAAUAAAGAUAUAAGUGGAUUUUAAGGUUCCAUUUUUUUAAGGUUACCCUUGUUUUUCAAAGGUAUUUUUUAAACAGAUCUUUAAUAGAAUAUUUAAGCUGUGACUGUAAGAAAUAAACAAGAAUAAACUGACAGGCCUUCCUUCACAUGGGGUCUCAGUGGUGUGGCCUACCAUGACAGCUUGGCCAGUGUGCCUAGGCAGGGCACAUUGCCUGGGCAUGUGUAGAGUGAGUGCCCCUGUGAGCUGCUAGGCAAGCAGAGUCUGGCUCUGAGGUGAUGUCCCCACAGCAGGGUGGUAGUACAGAGCUGGGCAUGGGGUGGAGGUCUGGCAUUCCUGUGGCUGUGGUCCCUAGUAAGCAGCCUUGGUCAUUGGUGCUUUUAACUUUUUUUUCUUUUUGUCCAGACUUAAAUUGUUUUGUCUUCAGAGUUUUGGAGGACCCCGGUCCCCACAAUGCCAGGCUGCGGGGUAACUGCCAUCCCCUCCUGUGAGUUACAUGCGGGGACUUAGACUGUCCUGUGCAGAGGUGGAGGGCAGCUGUCUACAGGCUUCCUAGAGGUCACAUGCAGGGCUGGGGUGGCCACUUGGCAGAGUCCUUGUGGUUCAGACCUCCGCAGGCUAGGUAGCUCAGCUUGCUUACAGACUGGAGACAUUUUCUUGUGUGGUUUUCUGGGUUUUGUCCUUCUGCAGCUGUCAUGGCUUUACAGUCACUUGGGAAAUGCAAGCCACUGUUAAAGCUUUGUCCUGUUCAUCACUGUCCCUGCUCCUGGCAUAACACUUCCAGAGGCUUUCCUUUUUUUAUAUAUAUAUCUAUAUAUAUAUAUAUAUAUUUAAAACGUUUCUUUUCUGUAUGAUGUGCAUGCAAGUUUACCGUAACUUUUCUUAAAACUUUUUAGUGCCGUUUCUAGUAUAUUCCUGUAAAUGUCAGUUACUGAAAAUGAGUCCAUUGUAAGUAGUUUAGCUUGUUUUUUGCAAUGCCGGCCUCAACACCACAGAGUAAAAAAAAAAAAAAACAGUAGGAAGUACUCUGGUGUCUCGGGUAAUCAUGAACCUUUCUCCUAGGGUGUUUGUUUUGUUUUCAUAAUAAAAAGGGAAAGAAGAUUG